UCAGCCUCCCAAAGUAUGGGGUUGCAGGCAUUAGCCACUGUGCCAGGCCAAAUCCAAUUAGUUUUGAGCUCCUUUGACGGAGUAGCUUUUGAGGUCAGUGUUUGAGGUUUGCUCUGACUGCAGGCAGGCUCUUCCUCUUUCCCCACUUCUCUGUAGUAGUCUAGCACAUGAAGCCUCUCAUGUCAGUCUCCUGAGGGUGCAGCCUUGGGUGUGUCGCUGACCUGUGGUUAGUUGGUUGCCCUAAUGCAGGUACCAGUCUCUUAACGGCUCAUGACUAAAACCUCCACUGAUUUUGACAGAACUUGAACUCCCCAACACUGUUUCAAAUCAAGCCAAUUUUCAGGGGGAUGGUGGGUGGGGAGAGCUCUGUUUAUGACCUGUGUCUACCCCUAGGCUAAAUCUCUGAGUCAUGUUGUAGAACUGGGGGCAGUAUAGUGCACCUGUGUGCUGCUGCUGCUGCUUUAGGAGCAGGUAGCUGGGUCCGGUAGAGCCUCUGGCCUUCGCUGUUUCCCUUUUCCAGUGUGAAACUUCCUUCCUACAAAUGAGCUGGGACUCCUUGUUCCCCGCCUGCUGGGCCUGAGGUACAGCCUCUACUGCAUGGGAGCAGGUGGAAGAAGGGAGCCUCCGGCCUGUCUGUCACACUCAGCUGGAGUUUAGCUUCUGCCACGUGGAGUUAGGAGGGUUGAGAAGUGCUGAGAACCUGGCUCUCUUGGCUCUUGACUGGAAGCUGGGGGAGAGGGAGCCCUUGUUGGCCACACCUACCCCCAGUGCUAGGCUAAGGGAGUGGGGUGCUGGGGGUGGGAGAGCAGGAGUGUCAUGGCUCAGUUGCCAACAGGCUUGCUGUUAUUCCGAAGCUUUGGCAGGUUUUGUGGUGUAAACCUUUGUUUGCUAUGUGCCCUGGGCACCAUGCCCAGAGGCUUUCAGUGCCUGGGUUUGAAUAAUUGUCACCAGUUGUGCCUGUUUCACUGAGGGGGGGCGGUCCACGGGCUUUGCCCACUGCCAUUCUGGAACUGGACACCACUAAAUAUGUUUUGGCACAACAGCUAUGAAAAGAAAGAAACUUGAGGGAUUCUAUUUUGUUUUUUUUUACUUUGGAAUUGGAGAUAAGGGAUAGUGGCCCCUGUGGUCUCGGAAGAAGCUGUGUAGUUCAGGGUCAGCGACCUGGCUGUGAUGAGGACAGGGGGCAGGUGGAGCCUCUCUGACUCCAGAACCAUCUUGGUCUUAACCUCUCUACCUGACUGCAAGACCCUCAAGAACACAGGCCCCAUGGGUUUCUUAUGUUUCUAUCAUCUCUAAAAUAUAACAGCCUGGUGGGCAGGGCCUCCUGCGCUGGCCAUGCCCGUGCCCACGGAGGGCACCCCGCUGCCCCUGAGUGGCACUCCUGUCCCAGUCCCAGCUUACUUCCGCCACGCAGAACCUGGCUUCUCCCUCAAGAGGCCCAGGGGGCUCAGCCGGAGCCUCCCACCUCCGCCCCCUGCCAAGGGCAGCAUCCCCAUCAGCCGCCUCUUCCCUCCUCGGACCCCACGCUGGCACCAGCUGCGUCCCCGGCGGGUGUCAUUCCGGGGCAAAGCCUCAGAGACCCUGCAGAGUCCUGGAUAUGACCCAAGCCGGCCAGAGUCCUUCUUCCAGCAGAACUUCCAGAGGCUCAGCCGCCUGGGCCAUGGCUCCUACGGAGAGGUCUUCAAGGUGCGCUCCAAGGAGGAUGGCCAGCUCUAUGCAGUAAAGCGUUCCAUGUCGCCAUUCCGGGGUCCCAAGGACCGGGCCCGCAAGCUGGCCGAGGUGGGCGGCCACGAGAAGGUGGGGCAGCACCCGCGCUGCGUGCGACUGGAGCAGGCCUGGGAGGAGGGAGGCAUCCUGUACCUGCAGACGGAGCUCUGUGGGCCCAGCCUGCAGCAGCACUGUGAGGCCUGGGGUGCCAGCCUGCCUGAGGCCCAGGUCUGGGGCUACCUGCGGGACACGCUGCUUGCCCUGGCCCACCUGCAUGGCCAGGGCCUGGUACACCUUGAUGUGAAGCCUGCUAACAUUUUCCUGGGGCCUCGGGGCCGCUGCAAGCUGGGUGACUUCGGACUGCUGGUGGAGCUGGGUACAGCAGGAGCUGGCGAGGUUCAGGAGGGAGAUCCCCGCUACAUGGCCCCCGAGCUGCUGCAGGGCUCCUAUGGGACAGCAGCGGACGUGUUCAGUCUGGGCCUCAGCAUCUUGGAAGUAGCAUGCAACAUGGAGCUGCCCCACGGUGGAGAGGGCUGGCAGCAGCUGCGCCAGGGCUACCUGCCCCCCGAGUUCACUGCCGGUCUGUCUUCCGAGCUGCGUUCUGUCCUUGUCAUGAUGCUGGAGCCGGACCCCAAGCUGCGGGCCACGGCCGAGGCCCUGCUGGCACUGCCUGUGUUGAGGCAGCCGAGGGCCUGGGGUGCGUUGUGGUAUAUGGCAGCGGAGGCCCUGAGCCGAGGAUGGGCCCUGUGGCAGGCCCUGCUUGCCCUGCUGUGUUGGCUCUGGCAUGGGCUGGCUCACCCUACUAGCUGGCUGCAGCCCCCAGGCCCACCGGCCACCCCACCUGGCUCACCACCCUGUAGCCUGCUCCUGGACAGCAGCCUCUCCAGCAACUGGGACGACGACAGCCUAGGGCCCUCACUGUCCCCUGAGGCUGUCCUGGCCCGGGCCUCCACCCCCAGGAGCAGGUGCACGCCCAGGGAUGCCCUGGACCUAAGUGACAUCGACUCAGAGCCUCCUCGAGGCUCCUUCCCCUCCUUUGAGCCUCGGAACCUCCUCAGCCUGUUUGAGGACACCCUAGACCCAACCUGAGCCCCAGACUCCGCCACUGCACUUGUAAUGUUUUACCCAGUGUCCCUCCCAUCGCUCUUGAAAGCUGGGGCCCCUUGGGAACUCCCAUGGUCUUUUCUGCCUGGCCAUGUCUAAUAAAAGGUAUUUGAACCUUGGGAGCACCCAAGCUUGCUCGUGUGGCAA